AUGGUGCCGUUCUACUAUCCCGUGUGGGUCAGUGCCACGUGUGAGCAGUUGGGGCCACAAACAGUCGGCAACACUCCGUACGAACACAACGAACAGCUGCGUUAUCUGCUGCCCAAUCAAAGCCUGGAGAUGGUCAUCCCAAUGCCCUUGGCCCAUCUUGAGGGACAGACUGUGACGGUGUCUCUGAAAAUCAACUCGACAAUGCUCUACGACACGCAGGUAGGCAGCUCUAUGACACCUAGCACCCCACAACUACUCACCAACCCCAACCAUUGA